AUGGUACCAAAUGUAACACGGAAUUUGACGAUUGAACUGAUGUUUCCUAGUUGUAGUGGCUGUGGCGCGCGCGUAACGCCACCGAUCACUCUGGUCAUUCCGUUCACCACGGUCCCCCAACUCGAUCACAUACAGAAACCCCAUUUAAAUCAUUACGGACAUACGAUGCUGUUCGGCGGCAAGAAAGGUGAUCUCUGCCCUUCUGUGCGCCUUAAUAUUCGCAAGGCCUGGAUUCGUGACGGGGGAGCGAUAGUGCGGACCCACGAGGAGUUCUACGAAGCAGAUUUCUUCAUUUGCAGCGCCCUUGAUGAUCCAUGGGUGCAAAAGUUAAUGCGACAAUCUAAAGUGGUGAGUUUAUUGAGUUACUGCUUUGUUAUCGCCCUAGAAGACGAGAAAUAUGAGGUGUUACAUGCGGAGUGGGUACUACAAUCCGUCGACGCAGAUUUAUUGGUGGGCGUGGCGCCGUACGUUCUGGAUGAUUUCUUCUGCGAGCGCAACAUGCCGCGUCAAGCAACUCACUAUCCGAACCCUGAACGGGACAUACCCCCUGAAGUUACGACUGUCGAGCUCGAGGCGGUAGAGGAGCCCAGCCAUAGCAGGAAGCGCGGACAUGACAUAGCUGAUCUAUCCGCCAUCGAUAUUACCAUGCACCCUUCCAAGAGACCUCGAAUACAAGUUGACGAACCCAUAGUCAAGUUGGCUCAGGAUCCCAAGAUGGAUGAUAAUGCAGCAUCCCUACAUAAAGCCGACACCACAGAGAAUGUUAUAACACGCCCUCGGAAGCCACUCCCCGUCCUUAAUUGUCACGACCAAUAUCUCAUAUACGACAGGGACGUCGACUCGCGGAAUACGAUGGCGAAGAAGGGCGUUAACGAAAAGACUAUGAAAGCUGUUCAAGGUGUCAAGACUGUGACCACCCACCAUACACCCGGCGGCAGUGAACAAUCUCAAUCCACUACUCAUGUCAACCUCAAGCUACCCCUCAGCUUGAAGAAGUCAGAGCCGUCAAGGGCUCAUAAAUUGGAUCGGACGUUCAAAGACUCCCAAAAAUCUUCAAUUCAAACCGAUAACGAUGCUUCCAACGUCAGGUCCACAAGGCCCAGCACAAAUAUGACGACGUCCACCGUCUCCAGCCGUGCCACCGCAAACGACGAACAAGCGCCUGCGUUCAGCAUUAAUUCCAAGUUGCUCGAGAACAAUCCCCUGCCUUUUAUUACCUUCAAACGCAAAAGCAAAUUCCCUGUGCUUCGAUUUAUUCCCCACCCAUGCGCAUGUUGUGACCGAUCGCAGACGCCCCCAGGCUCUCAAGAAGAAACGGCUCGCAAAUCAACAAAGGAUGAUUCUCCACCCUCGACAUUCCGCCACAAGCUUCAGGAAGAGAUCGAGAAUCAACCCAAGGGGACUCCCCGAUUCUCUGUCAAAGCGCUGUGCAGAUCCUAUCCCAGGGUGGACUCCGCAAUCUUCAGACCUGGGACAGAACACGAAGGCAAGAAGUUUCGUGUCAAAUAG